UGCUUUGCUGUGACGUGACGUGGCUGUGGUGCUGGUGGCCCUGACCGCGAAUUUAUUUUGUGAUUCUGAAUCUGAAAACUGAAUUUCUCUUUUUAAUUCUCGAUUAGUUUGGGUAUUAUAAUGACUUUAUCGUAUAUGAUUUUUAAAAAGAAAUCGCAAAUUUACAUAAAUUAAUGAUUUCAGUUUUUUUUGUUCUGUCGAAAACUACAAGAUGUCAAGGCGUCGUGACUGGAAGCUCUUUUUUUUGAAGAACUUUCUAAAUGUCGUCUAUAUAGCUUAAAAGUUAAGUUGAUAGGCAUUUUCUAGGCACACAUUUAAUUCCGCCCAUAAAGAGUGGUUCCCCCUACACUACACCUUCUGCUUCUGCCUUCGGACCCAUCAGGCAAUGCUUCUGUGAUCGCCCAAAAUCCCCGAUGACGCAGCUGAAAUCCCUUUAUGUUGAAGUAUCUAAAAAAAAAUCAGGACCUUAGCAACAUUACAUCUGAAAUAUGUUUUCUGAUUUUUACUUGAUGGGCAUCUUUAAGUCAAGUUAGUAGGCGUCUUCUAGCCUAGCAAAUUCCAAGUAAUUAGCAAUAAAAAAAUAAAUUGUAUUCUUCUUGAUGUAGUGGCUCUGCAGGUCUUUCCCCUCCCAAUACUGGUUGCGAGGUACAGCAGCAGUUUUUUUAAUUGUGUUUUACCUCCUCCGGGUUACUAUGAAAUGCCCUAGGUCAUGUUUAUGUAUUAGAGCUGGGUAAUUGCAUACAAUGUGCAGAGGAGUUGACUAUGCCUCUAGUCAGCACAAAUUUGUGUCCCAGAGCUUAAGUUUGAACAUGUGUCUUAAGUGUUAAGUCUACUAUGUCCUGUAAGUGUGUACUAGGAUACAUAUUAUUUUCCUACUGAGCGCUAGUUGUUUGAAGCAGCCUUCUUAUUGAAGGAUUUUACCAUCACUUUGGAGUGAUUACUUUGUGGAAGUUUUCUCCGGUGAAUGAGUGUUGUAGUAACAGUAGAUAAACAGGGUGAGUUUGGCUAAGUUUUUAGGUAUACCACAAAGGCCCAGGUCCUAUCUGGUAUCCUAGCCGCCUAGCUUUGCAAGUUGGUCAGGUUUUUAGAAUAAAUAGUGUUAGAUAAAGCUUAAAUGCUAUUCGAGCUUUAUCUAUUAAGCUUUAUCUAAUUUAUAGUUUCUGAAAUGUUUCUAUUUUCUAUGUGAUGAAUAUCUUUGAGUCAAGUUAAUAGGUAUUUUCUAGGUUAGCAACAAAUGAUGUUAAAUACUGUUAGAUGUGUUAUUAUCAUAUGAAAAAUGAGGCGCUUAAAAGAAGAGAUUUCCACAUCUCAUCUUUGUGGUCAACAAAUAACACGUAAAUGUCAAAUUGUGUGUUCAGGAAGUUUAAAAAUUACAUAUACAUAAAUUUAUAAUGGAAGUAUAUACUAAAUUGUGCAUGUGUGUGUUCAGUUUUGUAGCCUAUUAUUCAUAUCACUUUUUGUGGUGAUUUUGUAGGGAGGUAACUGAUCUAUAGUAUAAAAUUAUCAUUAGUUUCUGAAGAAUAUUGUAAUAUCAGGAAGAAUUAGCUUCUUAGAAAAUAGAAAUUCUCUCACAUAGUAAAUAGAAACAUACUUAUGUUUCUAUUUUCUAUGUGAUGAAUAUCUUUGAUUCGAGUUAAUAGGCAUUUUCUAGGUAAGCAACGAACAAAUUAAUAGUAUUAGACAAAGCUUAUAUGCUAUUUAUUCAAGCUUUCUCUAAUCCAUUUUUGCUGUAGGUUCUUAAAAAACAUUAAAAAUCAGGAAAAUAAUAUACUUUAGCAACAAACUUAGUGUGUUUCCUGAUUUUUAUGUGUGUUUCCAGAUUUUUUAAACAUGGGUGUCUUUAAGUCUAGUUAAUAGGCAUUUUCUAAGCAGGAACAUUUCAAGAAAUAAGCAAUCAAGAACUAAAUAGUAUUAGACAAAGCUUAAAUAUUAUUUCAGCUUUGUGUAAUCCAUUUUUAUUGAGGUUCCUAAAAAAAUUCUCAUGACAUUGUAAUAUCAGGACUUUAGCAAUAUUUCCUCUUAAAUAUGGUAGGUAUCCAAUACAAUUUGGGCGUUUUCUGUCAAGAUUAAUAGUCAUCUUCUUCGUUCGUUUGUUCAUAAGUGAACAACCAAGUAAUAAAUGUUGUUGGGCAAACCUUAUGCUAUCAAAGUUGUAAAGUUGUGUCAUAUAUUUUUAUUGAAUUUAUUUCAUAUGUGUUGGAAACUGGAAUAUUCAGCCCCUAUACACAAUAAGUCAGUUUCCAAGUUCUUUACAAGUUGGGCAUUUGCCUGUUAACUAAAUUAAGUCAAGUUAACAAGCAUCUUUUCGGCAAGAACAUUCCGAAAAUUAUCUAUCAAGAAUUAAUUAGUUAAUCCUAUAAAUAAAUGGACUCGUCAACAUCUUGAAAGUUUUGGGAUAUACUGCACCCUUUAUUUUACUACAUUUGAAUCUGAAAACAAUAAGUCAUAUGAGCAUAAGUUUCUUUGAAUUUUUAUUUAUCAUAUAACAAUCAUAUUAUAUCAAAAUAUAAGUUAUAAGUCUAAGGUACAUGACUGUGCUUAAUUAGUUAUGUUGCUUUUUUGGUCUUUUUAUAUUUCUAACAGGGAUUUUUAUAAUUCUUUCUUUUACUUGUAUUGGAACAAUAUUAUGUUCAGUUUCACUGACUAUUAAAGCUUGUACAUAAUAUGUUGGUUUGUAAGUCAUAUGAGCAUAAGUUUCAGUGAAUUUUUAUUUAUCAUAUAACAAUCAUAUUAUAUCAAAAUAUAGGUUAUAAGUCUAAGGUACAUGACUGUGUAAUUAGUUAUGUUGCUUUCUUGGUCUUUUUAUAUUUCUAACAGUGAUUUUUGUAAUUAUUUCUUUUACUUGUAUUGGAACAAUAUUAUGUUCAGUUUCACUGACUAUUAAAGCUUGUACAUAACUUGGUUUGUCUUUACCUCUUCUUUUAUUAUAAAUAGGCUUUUAUUUCAAACAGCGUUUAGUUACAUAAGUUUGGAGUUUGAUCUGAUUAUAGUAUGUUCAUAGUGUCUCCUAACAUAGGGCCAGGCCACAACAGUGCGUUGCGGCGUCGCAUCGUAAAAACAACAUCGCACAGCUAUGCGAUGCGAUGUCGCAACGCAAAAAUUUCAUCGCAUACGACAUCGUACGUAAAGACGCUAACCAACGUUUCAGUUUCUAGUGAGACAUGGAUCGCACUGCGCGUGUUCUACUUCUGCUUGCGUUAAGGCGUAUUAAGAAAAAGAAACAGAAAAGAAAGUACUGGGUGCACCCAUUACUGACAAUUAUGAAUAAAGAUGGAAACCACUUCAAAAGGAAAUAUGAGGCGCUAAAAGUGGACGAGGUUAAAUUUUUCGAUUACUUUAGGAUGAGUGUAGGAUGUUUUGAAGAGCUUCUUAGUUUGAUAAAGCCUCAUUUACAAAAGAAAUACAUAUUUAGAAAACCCAUCGAACCUCUGGAGAUGCUGGGAUUAACUAUAAGGUACCUGGCGACGGGAAAUACUUUUAAAGAUAUGCAUUUCACAUAUUAUCGUGGAAAAUCUACAAUAACAGAAAUAGUAAAAUUUGUUUGUCGUAUUUUAUGGAACAUUCUUAAAAGGUUGGAAUUACCAAAAAUUACAACAGAGCUGAUGGAACAAAUUGCUCAAGAGUAUGAAAAAAAGACCAACUUUCCUAAUUGUAUAGGAGCGCUAGAUGGAAAACACAUUCGUAUAUUGAGCCCGGAUCACAGUGGAUCCCUAUUUUUCAAUUAUAAAAAUUAUAAUUCCAUUGUUCUAUUAGCACUUGUUGAUACGAAUUACAAAUUUAUAUAUGUCGAUAUAGGUGCAUAUGGUAAGGAAUGUGACUCCACUGUUUUUCAAAAUUCAAAACUAUACGACUUAUUAAAAAAAGGUCAAUUAUCUAUACCUCCGCCAAAACCGUUACCUGGCUUUCAAAAAGAAAUUCCUUUUGUCUUCGUGGCGGAUGAAGGAUUACCACUGACAAAAAAUAUAAUGCGCCCAUAUUCUGGGAAGUUUUUAUCGAUAGAAAAACGAGUUUUUAAUUAUCGUUUGAGCCGAGCCAGACGAUAUGUUGAGAGCGCUUUUGGCAUACUCGCAAAUAAAUGGCGCAUAUUUCACCGACCCAUUAAUGUUUCUUACGAUUUCACAAUAGACAUUAUAAAAGCAUGCUGUGUAUUACACAACUUUGUAUUGAAUCGAGAUGGCGCACAAACGUUUGAAGAAAUGAUUAUUGACGAUUCUUUGCAAAUUUUACACGAAACAACACAUGAAAGUAGAACAGAAGCUAACAUAAUCAGAAACGAAUUUUGUAAUUAUUUUAAUAGUAAUAUUGGAGCUCUAAGUUGGCAGUUAACGAAAAUAUAAAUGUUUAUAAGUA